AUGUUUUCAGCUAGAGCUCUGAUACUAAGAUCCUCAAGACGCUUCCUUUCGGCAACCCCCAGAAGGCUAGCAGACGUGGAGGUCACCAUCGACGGCAGGAAGGUUGCCAUUGAAGCCGGCUCUUCCAUCAUCCAGGCAGCAGAACUAGCAGGAGUGGCCAUUCCGCGCUACUGUUACCACGACAAGUUGGCCAUUGCCGGUAAUUGCCGUAUGUGUUUAGUUGACGUUGAGCGAAUGCCCAAAUUGAUUGCCUCGUGCGCCAUGCCCGUGCAAAACGGCAUGGUUGUCCAUACCGACUCGGAAAGAAUCAAAAAAGCCCGAGAGGGCGUCACCGAGAUGCUUUUGGAAAACCACCCCUUGGACUGCCCCAUUUGCGACCAAGGUGGCGAGUGUGACUUGCAAGAGCAAAGCCAGAGAUAUGGCUCCGACCGUGGUAGAUUUAAAGAAUUGGUUGGUAAGAGAGCCGUUGAAAAUAAGGCCAUUGGGCCCUUGGUGAAGACUUCCAUGAACAGAUGUAUCCACUGCACGAGAUGUGUUCGUUUCAUGAAUGACGUGGCAGGUGCCCCCGAGUUUGGUACUAGUGGCAGAGGUAACGAUAUGCAGAUUGGCACUUAUAUCGAAAGAAACAUCAACUCGGAAAUGUCGGGUAACAUCAUUGACUUGUGUCCCGUUGGCGCGUUGACUUCAAAACCAUAUGCAUUCAGAGCAAGACCUUGGGAAUUAAAGAGAACAGAAACUAUUGACGUCUUGGAUGCCGUUGGUUCAAACGUUCGGGUUGAUUGCAGAGGUAUCGAAGUGAUGAGAGUCUUGCCUAGACUUAAUGACGACGUUAACGAGGAGUGGAUCUCAGACAAGACCAGGUUUGCUUGCGAUGGGUUAAAGACUCAACGUUUAACCACACCCUUGAUUAGAAACGGCGACAGGUUUGAAACUGCCACUUGGGAUGAAGCAUUUUCGACAAUUGCUGCCGCAUACUCCAAGGUGCAACCUCAAGAUGGGGAAUUGAAAGCCGUGGCUGGUGCCUUGGCUGAUGCAGAGUCUAUGGUUGCAUUGAAAGAUUUGGUCAACAAGUUGGGAUCGGAAAAUGUCACCACCGAUGUCGAUCUAGGCGUGGCAGCACAUGGCUUGGAUGUAAGGUCCAACUAUAUCUUCAACUCCACCAUUGACGGUAUUGAAGAAGCCGACCAAAUCUUGUUGGUUGGAACCAACCCUAGAUUUGAAGCGGCAACAUUGAACACCAGAAUCAGAAAGAUUUGGUUGAGAUCCAAUUUGGAAAUCGCCCUGGUUGGCCAGGAGUUUGACUCGACAUUUGAUGUCACUCUGUUGGGUGACAAUGCCACCGCAUUGGAAAAAGCCCUCAAGGGAGAAGAAGGCAAGAAAUUGGCCAGUGCCAAGCGACCAUUGAUUAUUGUUGGUUCCGGUGUAGCAGACUCCAAGGACGCCGGCGCUAUUUACAAAGCUGUUGGUGAUUUCGCAUCCAAACACGGCAACUUCAACACCCCUGAAUGGAACGGUGUCAAUUUGUUGCACCGCGAAGCAUCAAGGGUCGCCGCAUUGGACAUUGGCUUUAACAACUUGUCCCAAGAUUCCACCUCCACCUCCUCAACCACAACUCCAAAAUUCAUUUACUUACUCGGUGCAGAUGAGGUAACGAGCAAAGAGAUCCCCAAGGAUGCUUUUGUUGUAUACCAAGGCCACCAUGGUGACGUUGGAGCUUCCUUUGCAGACGUGAUAUUACCAGGUUCAGCAUACACCGAGAAAUCAGGCACAUAUGUAAACACCGAAGGCCGUACACAAAUAACGAGAGCCGCUACAAAUCCACCGGGCGUUGCGCGUGAGGACUGGAAGAUUAUCAGAGCCUUGUCUGAAUACUUGAAUGCUAAAUUGCCAUAUGACGACAUUGUCUCGCUCAGGUUGAGGUUAGGAGAGAUUGCACCACACUUGGUGAGACACGAUGUCGUUGAGCCUGUUUCGUCUGAAAUUGCCCAAAUUGGAUUCCUUGAUUUGGUCAACAAAAACAAAAAGGCCAAGGCCAGCGGCGAGCCAUUGAAGAACCCAAUACAAAACUUUUACAUGACGGACUCGAUAUCGCGUUCUUCACCAACGAUGGCCAAGUGUGUCGCUGCAUUUGGUGCAAAGAUUGACAAGGUAAAAGAUGAGAAACCAGACAUAAACUUUUAG